CGAAGAAAGAUUCAAAGAUUUAAAAUCAAAUUCAGAUCUGGUGAGUUUUAUUUUGUCAGACUGGCAACACUGGUAAGUGACAUUUGACAGCAUUUUCAAAAACAAUUACCACACCAUGAGUAUCUUCAUCCAAAAACUGAACCCCAUGACGGGUGUAAAUGACUGGGUCGUUCAACAAGAAGACUACGAUUUCCACCAAGAAGUAGCCCGAUCUUCAUUCGCAGACAUGCUCCACGACACGGAAAGAAACAAGAAAUACGAAAUGGCCCUAAAACACGCAAUUGACCUAAUGCAUUCUCACGGCAAAAAAGCAAACGUCUUGGACAUCGGAACUGGAACUGGUUUACUCUCAAUGAUGGCAGUUCGUCAUGGGGCUGAUUCAGUGACCGCUUGCGAAGCCUUCAAACCCAUGAGUGAGUGUGCCCUCAAAGUGAUAAAACGCAACGGUUUCGAAGACAAGAUUAAAAUAAUACCGAAAAGAUCCACAGAUAUGACAGUGGGGCCCGGGGGCGACCUCCUCACCCCUUGUAAUAUCCUAGUGACUGAAGUAUUUGACACGGAAUUGAUUGGUGAGGGGGCCUUGUCGACGUUCACCCACGCACAUAAAGUCCUCUUAGAGGAAGAUUGUGUCGUGGUGCCCCAAUCUGCGACAGUUUAUGCCCAAGUUAUCGAAAGCCCCCUUGUGCAAAAUUGGAACAAAGUGAAAGACGUGUAUGAUAAUGAAGGGAAACUUCUUAUUAAAAUACCCACAAAUGUGCGAAAUUGUCCCGGAAAUGCCUCAGUUCAUGACUUGCAACUAAGUCAAAUGAAAUUAGACUGUCUUAAAUUUUUAACCCCCGUAAUCCCGGUCUUUAGGUUCGAUUGGUCGGGGAAAACCCCGUUUAUUUUUGAACAAUCAACCAUUCACAGUAUUAAAGCAACACAGGGAGGGGUGGCACAAGUGGUUUUCAUGUGGUGGGACUUACAGAUGGACACUGAGGGCAAAAUAAUUCUCAGUUGUGCCCCAAAUUGGGCUAAAGACAAGUCUGAUGUGACUUUACCCUGGCGGGAUCACUGGAUGCAAGCUAUUUACUACCUACCCCAGGAAAUUACGAUUGAAAAAGACACAGAAAUGCAUUUAGUUAGCAGUCAUGAUGAGUUUUCGCUUUGGUUUAAUGUUCGUUUGGAUUUGAGACUCACGGACGCAGAUUAUGUGAAACCGAUUUGUGAAUGUGGUCUACAUAUGACAUUCUCACGGACAAGAAUCGGCCAAAUUAAUGAUUCGACGAGAAAUAAAAAAUAUAUCAGUCUUUUGGAAAAAUGUAUUGAUAGUAAAAGCGUGAUUUUGAUUUUGAGUGAUGGAUUUUACUUAAGUCUUUGUGCGUCUAAAAUGGGGGCGAAAAAAAUCUACUAUGUUGAAACGAAUUACUUAUCACGAAAAAUUCUACUCGAUUUUAUUCAAUUCAAUGAAAUAACAAAUGUUGAAGUUUUUGAAAACAUUGAAACUCUUGUGAGUGAUAAUCCGGAGAAAAUUAAUAUGGUAGUAGGAGAACCAUACUUUUUAAAUAGUAUAUUACCAUGGGACAAUCUCUUGUUUAUUUAUUUAUUGAAAGGAGUAAGAAAUAUAUUGACCAAUGACGCGAGACUUUUUCCUAAAAUUGCGGUAAUUAAAGGUAUUGCUGUGAGAUUUUUCAACUUGAAUAAAAUUCGUUUACCACUGGGGGAAUGCGAAGGAUUCGAUAUGAAAGAUUUCGACGAACUCAUCGAGGUGUCAAGUAACAUAAGCGACGACAAUGUCGAGGCACAACCCUUGUGGGAAUACCCCGGGAUUGCGUUAAGUAAAACUGUGGAUAUAAUAACAAUUGACUCGAAUAGUGUGCAUGAAAAAGUGGUGGAACUUUCAGGGGUUUUUGAAAUCGAUUCAAGACACGGACCGUGCAAUGGUUUAGCUUUGUGGAUUGAAUGGUUGCAUGAAGAAGGUGCGAAAAGUGUUAUAUCUUCGGGGCCUGUAUUACCACCCCAGGUUGGCCAACAAAUCGAAUGGGAUGUUCAUACAAGACAAGGGGUUUGUCUUUUUUCCGAUAGAGUAACAUCGCAUAUCAAUUAUGUAUUCAAAUUUGAUUUUAAUGAAGGCAAUAUCACUUUUAAAUGGAAUUAAAGAAAUUUGAAAUAUAGACUA